AUGGCCGGCUCGCCCAAUUCCAACCUGCGCGGCUUCAACCACGCCGUACAAACACUCCUCAAACAACCGGCCCAAUUCCUCCCACACCUCACUAUCCCGACUUUCACUCACCUUCCAGAAGAUCUCGGUCCUCAUCUCAUCGGUACAGCCGGUAAAGGAAGCGCAGGCGCCUCCGAGUCUCCCGAGAAAGCCAGCACACCCGCGCAACCACGAAUCCCCAGGAUCCGCGCCCUCGUCCUCGACAAAGACAAUACCCUCUGCCCUCCCAAAACCACCACUUUCCCUCCAAAGAUUUUGGAAAAGCUACAUGAGCUCCGGAACUCGCCCACUUCUCCUUUCCACCAGGCGCGCAACCCACACGCCAUUCUCAUCGUUUCCAACCGCGCCGGCAGCCACCCGAAUUACGACGGUGAGGUCAGCGCGCUGGAAGAGCAACUCGCGCAUCUGCGCAUACCGGUGUUCCGACUGCCGACUGGGACGGAAAAGAAACCGUUCUGCGGCGAGGAAGUGGUGCAGUGGUUCCGCGAGCACGAGGUGAUCCAGUCGCCGCAUGAGAUCGCCGUCGUGGGAGAUCGACUCGGUACGGAUGUGAUUAUGGCAGGGAUGAUGGGGUCGUGGAGUGUAUGGUGCAAAGAGGGGGUAUUUGAACCGGGCGAGCGGGGAAAGCCAGAGCGCAAUGUUUUGGAGAAGAUGGAAGUGUGGAUUGAGAAGUAUCUUCGUGAGAAAAAAGGUUAUACGGCGCCGGCGCCAAAGGGCUGGGAACAGUGA